UACCUCCCCCUUCUCGUCCUUCUGGCGGAGUCGUUCGCUCUUGCUGGAGCAUCUCCUGCUGCGGACACGCGGUUGGUCGAACGUUUGUCCCGCCCCUUCUUCGCGAGGCUCCUCCCCUCCGCCGGUUACAUUCCAGCUGUUGGGAUUGGAGCAGGAAAUUCUGGGCUCGUGCUCUACCGCCCUUCCUCCUCCCGCCGCUGUUUCUUUUGGCGCGCGGCGACCCCUCCCCUCAUGCCAUGGCUUCCUCCGAUGUGGCUCGGCAGCUGCGCUACCAACCUGAUAGCAGAAUGAGGGCACGCUCUAAUCCACCAGUAGAUAAUCAAGAGCCACGCAGACAGACUUGCCGAUCUUUAUCCUUGGCUGGUCAUGUUGGUUUUGAUACUUUACCAGAUCAAUUGGUGAAUAAAUCUAUCCAUCAGGGGUUCUGCUUCAACAUUCUCUGUAUUGGGGAAACAGGAGUUGGAAAAUCAACUUUGAUUGAUAGUUUGUUUAAGACCAGUUUUGAUGAUCGUAUGUCAACACACUUUCAGCCAAAUGUAAGACUUAAAGCUGAAACCUAUGAACUCCAGGAAAGCAAUGUUCGUUUGAAGUUGACAAUUGUAAAUACUGUUGGAUUUGGUGACCAGAUAAACAAACAUGAUAGCUAUCAGCCAGUAGUGGAUUACAUAGAUGCACAAUUUGAAGCCUAUCUCCAGGAAGAGCUGAAAAUUAAGCGGUCCUUAUAUAAUUACCAUGACACUCGCAUCCAUGUGUGCCUGUACUUUAUUUCACCCACAGGCCAUUCCCUUAAAGCUCUUGAUUUAUUAACCAUGAAAAUUCUGGAUAGCAAGGUGAAUAUUAUUCCAAUUAUAGCCAAAGCCGAUGGAGUUUCUAAACCUGAACUACAGAGAUUUAAAAGCAAAAUUUUGAGUGAAUUGGCCAGUAAUGGAGUCCAGAUAUAUCAGUUUCCAACAGAUGAUGAGAGCAUUGCUGAAAUAAAUGCAACCAUGAAUGGGCACUUGCCAUUUGCUGUAGUGGGAAAUACUGAAGAGGUAAAGAUAGGAAACAAAACAGUAAAAGCUCGCCAGUAUCCUUGGGGCAUUGUGCAAGUGGAGAAUGAGACCCACUGUGAUUUUGUGAGGCUCCGGGAAAUGCUGAUUUGUACAAACAUGGAAGAUUUGAGAGAACAGACGCAUAUGCGCCACUAUGAAUUGUACCGGCGCUGCAAAUUGGAAGAAAUGGGUUUCUGUGACACCGGUCCGGAAAACAAACCUGUCAGGGUCCCAGGUAGCAAAAAGACGUCUCAUAGAGAAAGUCUGCAGGAGACUUAUGAAGCUAAGCGGCAUGAAUUCCUUGGUGAAUCACGGCGCAAAGAAGAAGAGAUGAGGCAAAUGUUUGAGCAGAGGGUCGAAGAAAAAGAAGCCCUAUUUAGAGAGGCAGAGCGAGAGCUACAAGCAAGGAUUGAACAUUACAAGCGGCUUUAUCAAGAAGGUAGGAUGAGAUUAGAGGAGAAAAGAAAGCUGCUGGAGGAUGAAAUUAUGGCAUUUAAUAAAAAAAAGACUGCCUCAGACAUUCUUCAAGGACGACCUCUGCCCCCUACACCUACUGUUGGCUUAAAAAAAGAGAAGGAACGCAAAAAGGAUCCAGGUUUUCGGAUUGAGCUCCUGUGUUUUGAUGUCAGAGAUCAGGAAGCUGUGAAUAUGCAGGAGGAGAGAGAAAGAGAGAACGUAGAAAGGGACAGACUCCAUCACAGGGAAAACCAACAUUAGUAUUUGGAAGCAGUUUGCAAAUAUGAUGAGGUUAGGUUCUGGCUUUAUGUGAAACGGAAGAAAACCAGAGGAAACUAUUCACUAUUUUCUAUGAGGAAAUUUGAAUAUCCCCUCUACUUUCUUUAGGCAAGCUAACUCAAAAACUAACCACUGUUUCAAAUGAAAAUUAUAUUAAAAUGUGUAAUCAGCACUGCAUAUUGUACCAUUGGUUGCUGUUGUAUUAAUAUAUUUAAGUGGACAUUUCUUUUAAGCAGCUUUUGAUAUGCACUAAAAAAAUUUAAACUGUAUUUCCGGCCGAAUUGCACUCCCUUCAAGUGCUUACCGAAGAUCACUGCAAGUGAAACUGAUAGUACAGAAUAGUUCAGUGUAUAUACAUAGUGACUGUUUUAAAGCAGUGGAGCCUUUUUAACUAUGUUAACUAUUAACUAUAACUUUUCUCUUUUGAAACAUUUGUUGAACUGUAUAAAAAAAUGUAAAGCCGUUAAAAUGACCACUUCAAUUUCUGAAAAUGUUUUUAUACAUGCACUUUUUUGGUGAUGAUGUUCAGCUUUUGAAUUCCAAUGGAUCAUGUUGCCUUUGCCACUAGAGUAUGCAUGCAAGCAAGAACGUCACUUAUAUAUAUAGAGA